AGGCGUCUUUCCAACCAAUUAUAGAACAGGUUUGAUUCAAGGGGGCGGGGCACAGUCACACGCGCUCUGUGCAUUAAUUGAAGCAAAGCUAGGCAACUGUGUCUAAAACGCAGUUCUGGUCUGAGCUUUAUUACUCUACAGUGACGGUAAAACUUCCAACAUGUCUGACAGGAAGGCAGUGAUUAAAAAUGCAGACAUGUCUGAUGAAAUGCAGCAGGAUGCUGUGGACUGUGCCAUGCAAGCCAUGGAAAAGUACAACAUCGAGAAAGACAUUGCUGCUUAUGUCAAAAAGGAAUUUGACAAGAAGUACAAUCCCACAUGGCACUGCAUUGUCGGGAGGAACUUUGGCAGCUACGUGACACAUGAGACGAAGCAUUUCAUCUACUUCUACCUGGGUCAAGUGGCUAUUCUUCUGUUCAAGUCAGGCUGAGAUCUACAAACACCCUUGCUUAUCAACUACUUUUAAUUCCACACUUAACACUUCUGUGCCAUGCUGUAAAUUUGCUACCACUUCUCUGCAGACAUGCCUACCUCCUGGUUUCCUGCUUGCUGCAGUCUCUUAUUGUUUACUACCUAAAAUACUGCCACCUUCACUGGAUGGCACUUAAGUCAUGCCUGAGCUGGUAAUGUUUUGUUCAUAAGGAAAAUGUCCAUGUAAAAAAAAAAAAAAAAAAAAAAAAAAUUAAAAUGCCAGCACUUGGGCAGUUUUGCACAUUAUAGAGACCAACCAUGAAUCAUAGUUUCUGUCUAUUAUUUCUGCUGUGCAAUGAUGCACGGCCUUGUACAUUAGUUCAUGUCAAUAUGUUGUAUAAUAACUUAUUUUUCAAGAAAUUAAAAUGAGCAAUGAAGGGUUUUUUUUUUUUUUGGUUUUUUUUUGUGUCGUUGUAAUGCCUUUAAUUUAACUUGUACUGAGUGGGUAGAAAAGCAUUGACUGUUGCUCACAUAAUAAAGAGUUGUGUGUUUAGGGAUUUAAUGGUUUGUACAUGCCUGAACAUUCCUCCUUCCACCUGCUGUGAAUAAUCAUAAUACCACUGUUGUAAAACUCUGGUAUGUAAUUUAGUGUUUGAUUGGUAUCAUUUGUUCAACGUGUUGAGCACAAAACAUUAAAACAGUAAAUUGGUUCAAAAUGUA